AUGGACGAGAAGCAGAAAGAUGGGAUGAUCGAACCGAAAAAGGGCUACGACAAUGUGCACGAUCUGAGCGGACUGGGUCCGGACGGCAAAGGAAGGAAAGGCGCAAAGAGAAGAAAGUUGAGGAAGGGAAAAGAGAAGAAGAAGGAUGAGGACGAGGAAGAGAAGGAAGAAAAGAAGGAAGAGAAGAAGGAAGAUGAAGGGGGAGAGAAAAAGGAAAACGAGAAGAAGAAAACAGAGGAAAAAGAAGAAAAGAAGGAAGAGAAAAAGGAGGAAAAGGAGGAAGAGAAAAAGGAGGAAAAGAAGGAAAAGACUGAAGAGAAGGAGGAAGAGCCCAAGAAGAAGCCCAAGAAGGAAGAGAAAGAAGAGAAGGAGAAGGAAAAGUCGAAGGAUGAAAAGGAAGAGAAAGAAAAGGAGAAAGAGAAGGAAAAGCCUAAAGAAAAGGAGAAAGAAAAAGAGAAGGAAAAGGAAAAGGAAAAGACAAAGGAAGAGGAAAAGAAGAGCGAGAAAAAGAGUGAAAAGAAGGAAGAAAAAGAGAAAGAGGAAGAGAACAAGGUGGAAAAGGAGAAGGAAAAGACAAAAGAUGAAAAAGGGGAGAAGACGAAGAGCAAGAAGAGCCAGGAGCCGGAGAAGAAGUCGGCCGAGAAGGUGACGGUCAAGGAGCAGCCAAAGAAGUCGACUGUUGGGGGUCUAGACUUCCAGUUCACUUCCGUUCUCACUAACUAUUCUGUUUACAGGACCGGCUAUUCCGCGCAGACCGCCACCGCCGAAGAAGAAGGGAUGCUGCGUCAUUCUGUGA